AUGGGUUUCGGCGCGAUUAGAUCGAUUCUCCGACCACUGUCGAGAACCCUAGUUUCUCGUGUCGCCGCUAGCCGCUCCUCCACGCCGUUUCCGGCGGCGAUUCCUUCUGCGAAGCCCGAGUUAUGCUCCUUCUUGAGUGGAUCGAGGUUACCAUGGGUUCCAAUGGUUAACCAUUUUUACAGCUUGAGCUUGACUGAUACUCGUCUCCCGAAGAGACGGCCAAUGAGUCAUCCCAAGAAGAAAAGAUUCAAACUCAAACCUCCAGGGCCUUAUGCAUAUGUUCAGUAUACUCCUGGCGAGCCAAUUGCUUCGAACAAUCCUAACAAGGGUAGUCUCAAAAGAAGGAAUGCCAAGAAGCGUAUAGGGCAACGACGUGCCUUUAUACUGUCAGAGAAAAAGAAGAGGCAAGCGCUGGUGCAAGAGGCGAAAAGGAAGAAGAGAAUCAAAGAAGUGGAACGUAAGAUGGCUAAAGUCGCAAGGGAGCGAGCUUGGGAGGAAAGGCUGGCUGAGCUUCAGCGACUUGAAGAAGAGAAGAAGAAAUCAAUGUCUUCUUGA